UCUUCAACACACGCAAGAGUCUCACAUUGCAAGAUGUCGGCCACCGGUCAAUGGGAAGUUGUUGGCAAGGCUAAGAAGGACAAGGCACCUUCUAGGCCUAUGACUAAAACACAAAUUAAGCAGUUUGUUGAAAACAUGCCAAGGAUCGAAGAUAACGAUCCAGUGAAAGAGUCUCAUUCAAUGUUUGAUGCAUUCAUUGCUAAGGAGAAAAAAGCUGAUGAUCGUGGAAACAAUGUAAAGACCAAUGGUGUCUCCAAGAAGGUCACACAGCCAAAGAAGAAGAAAGUAGAGACAGAAAAGAAGGAAAGCAAGCCUAAAUCACUCGAUGAGGCAAUUGCUAAGAUUGAUAAGGCUGACUUGCAACUGAUAUUUAAUCAGUCACAUGAAAGCUUUCCAGAGAAUCCUGAUGUAUGGCUGAAAGAUCUGGCAUCAUUCUUGAAUCUCAAACUAGAAAGAGUACAUGAAAAUGAUGCUGUCUUCAAGGAUAAACCGAAAGAUUUCCCCUUGUGUAAGUUGAGCAAGAGCUGCCAAGAAGUUUUGAUCUCCUCCAUGAAGAAAUGUUCAGAACAAACACUGGAGCAUCUCUUCUACCACUGUGUACAAACUAUGCUGAGUGAGGCUCAGAAAGGCUUGGCUACCUAUGGCUACAGGUUGUUCCUCCAGUCCCUGGCCUUCCACAAACCAGAUAUCCCUCUCUCCAAGUUCCCACAGUACCUGGAUCUGCUCAAGACCCACCACAACAGACCUGUGCGAUGUCUGAGUAUCCUGUGGGCUCUAGGCCAGGCUGGUGUAAAGAGACUCAGAUGUGGUCUCAGAGUGUGGUUGGAUCUGAUGAUGCCAGCCCUGGGAUACCGUUCCAUUGCUCCUUACUGUGUGGAAUACCUGGAGAACUUGUUCAGCUGGCAUAAAGAAGUGCGCCCAGCAUUUGGCUCCAUGACCCUGAGAGACUACUUCCAGGUCCUUGACAUAUUGUUCAACCCUGGCACCAACAUACAAGGAGAUCUGAGGAAGAGGCUGCAGGCACAAUACCCUAAAGUGAAGACCAUAGCAUUUGGAGAAAACCCAGCCAAGUCUUUGAGGAACUUCUUCCCCUCAUUUCUCUCAAGGGCGUCUCCGUCAUGUGUCCCACAGUUGAAACAUGAGCUGCUGUCUAACUUGGUGACAUGUCUGCUGACAGAUAAGCUGUCCUUUUCAACAUGGUGUCAGAUGUACACAAAACAUCUGCCACAGUCAGGAGUCCUACUGGAGCACAUCAACAGCAACUGGGACACAUUAUGCAAGAAGGUGGACAAGAAAAUGUUGAGAGAGACGCUGAGGUCCUUCUCUGUGACAAAUGAUGAGAUCGCAUCCCAGAGCCGCAGCAUCCCAGACGGCCAUGAACAUUGUGCUGUAGUCUGCAGGGAGCUGCUACUGAAGUUAAGUCAGAGUCCAUUUCCCUGGUUCUCUCUGAUAUUCUCCAUUGUCCUUGUCAUUGGAGGCAUCGUGGGAUAUGACAUAUACACCAGCCCCAGUAUCGAACGCUCUCGAACGGUAAUGUUCCUGAACAAGUAUGGUAUCUUGGCUGUCCUGGAGCAGGCCUGGAGGAAGAUACAGAUGUUCUUCUCCAAAGUGAUUGGCUGGCUGAGGGAGAACGUACCACUGAUGUAUGCCACUGUAUGUGAGAAAGUGGGCCCGUAUGUGACACAAGCUUGGAGGAAGUCGUCUGAGUUUGUUCUCUGGGCGGUCGACUCCAGCAGACCCUACAGGCAGUAUGCGGUGGCGAAAACAGUUCAAGCUGUUGAAUGGCUGCACUCACUGAACCCCGACUUCUGGUCACAGCUUGGAGGAUACUUUUGGCUGUGUUGGGGAUUUGUGAAAACCAACUCAUUAUGGUUAUGGAAAUACAUCUUACACAUAGCUGGCAUUGCGUAUUCCUGGUUGUUACAGAACGUUCUGGUGGGAAAGUUUACUCCUGAAAAUAUUCAACAAACAACAUCUUGGAGCCUUUCUGUUGUGCAGAACUAUACAGUUUCAUUUGUGGGCUGGUGUGGCAAUGUUUUCACACAAGUAACAGCCAAUUAACUCUCAGCAUUGGAGGAGGAAGAUGCAGCUCUUGUCUUGUUGCUGGUGGUUGGGUUCGCAAGCUCCAUCUUUCAGCAUUAGCUUGGAAAAGCAGAAAUGUGAGAACAUUUCUUCAUCAAAAGAAUGUAUUUAUUACAUUUAAUUGUUCAUGUUCUUUUCUCAGUGUAUGUUUCUUGUUCCUCAUGUGUUUUAAGUUCAUAUUCCUAUUGAUGAAAGUUGAUAUUCAUUACCCAUCACGUUUCAGGUGAUAGUGAUCUUUCUGAUAUUAGAAACUUGUCUCAAACAUGUCAAGAUGAUCUGUUUAGAAACAUGAUCAUGUUAUUUCCUGAAAAAUAGAUUUUUUUGUUAUUAAUUUAUCUUUUGGAAGUCCAAAAUAAUUUAUGUAGAAUCAUCACUGAUUUGUUAUGAGAGUUUGUUUUAUUGUUCCUGGUAAGUUAAAGUAAUCGUUGAAAGAAGCAUCUCUUUUCGUAAAUAUAUUUUUUGCUAUGGUCACAAAAUUUUAGUCAUGGUUUCCCUGACAACUGUAAUAAGACUUUCAUCUUGGACAGGUAAAUAUUUUCAGCACAUACAUAAUGUUGCCGAGUGCUGCAUUAAACAACAAAUAAAAUAAAUUUUAUCUAAGUAUGAUGAUGCAUUUUGUGUUCUCUAAUUGAAUUGAAUUGAAUAGUUAACAUGUAGUCAGUGAUAAAAACAUCAGAGUGCUAUAAUCUGACUGUAUGCCUAAAUUGUAAUGUAUGAUUUCCUGACAUUAAAUCAUGUAAGAAGCAAUAUGUUCACCCUUCCCUUAAUGUGACAUAAGAUAUUCCACUAUUGAGGAAAAUAGUGCAAACAUAUUACCGGUAUGAAAAUUACUUUGUAAUUAUUGCUGUAUGUUGACGAGCACCCCAUCCUCGACAAGAUCAAUUAAGACCCCCUGUGGUCGGGGACCAUGGUGCUAAUUAUGUAGAUUGCAGCAUAUUAAAGAACAUAAUGUGCUUCCAAAAUUACAAAGUUAUUUAGGCACUAAGCCUUUGAGCAGUAUCUAGUCAUGAAUAUGCAGGUUUUUUUGUAUUUGUAUUACAAGUAUGUAUCAGAUGAUCAUACCAUGAAGCUUGAGCUGACAUUCUAGUAAUUUGGACCCCUGAAUUGUCUCAUAACUAAUCAUUGAAUUACAUUUCUAUUUCAUUUAGUAGACGUAAAUAUUUGGCUGUCUGUGUCAUUAAAGAGAAACCUUGUCAUGUAGAAACGUUUCCUUUUAACUUCAUCAUUUGUAAUUCAUUCCAUGAUUCAGUACAUCAUUUGUAUGUGUAUAAUAACAUACUUUAGAUUAUAAAGUGUAACAGUGAGAACUGUUUAAAUUAACGUAAUAUGACAUGCAUGUUCUAGACUCUGUUCCAGUGGAAUAUUAUUUUUCGGAUUGGUGCCAAAGACAUUUACAAUGAAACAUUUAUCAGUAUGAGAAGUGGCAGGUAUGUGUUAAGUUCAAAUAACAAUUUGUAAUACAAAAUAACAUAACAUGUUGUUUGAUGCAAUUAUAUUUUAUUUUGUGUUUGUAUAAAUGUUGAAAAUAAAAGACAUUUUCCAUA